UCCGCUCCUGACAUGGUCCACGUUCGACCGAAGGACUUAAAUCCUUUAGGCUUCGAUGAAGGAUCUGGCACCUGACUUACCGAAGGGGAUCCAAGCCGGAGAUGCUUCCCCAAUACUCUCCCUUGUUUCUAGCUCAGAGCUCGCUUCGUCGUCCAAAGAUACCAUAUACGAUUUAUACGACAGCAAUAUAUCGAAUAUGUGAGCUAAGGGAUGGCAUCACAUCAACUCGAUCUUCCGUGACGUACAGCAGGGCCGAGAAGCGUGGAGAACUAUUCCAUGCCGAUUCUCGGUUCUUGAUCCUCAGCACAUCACCACCUUACCCCGGCAGUAAUGAUGAUCCAUCGCCGCGCAUGCCUGGAUCUUUACCGCCGGACAAAGGUAAAGGCAAGGCUCGAGCGACAGGUGUGAACAUAUCCCCUAGUGAAUUGUAUGGAUUCUGUAUGUUUCGUUUCGAUACGGAGGAAACAUUGACCGAGGACGACGUCGAGGUGAUUUAUUGCUACGAAAUUCAAUUGUCCUCCAGAGCCCGUGGUAAAGGUCUCGGGACUAUCUUGAUGCGUCAUUUGGAAGAUAUAGGCAGGCAGCAAGGCAUGGCCAAGGCAAUGUUGACGUGCCUGAAGAGAAAUACAGCAGCGUUAUCCUUUUAUGCUAAGCAAGGAUAUAUGCCCGACGAGAUCGACCCGACGAACAUGGCUGAAUCAGACGAAUGGCAAGAAGUCGAUUCAGAUGGAGAAAUUGCGCCGAUCCCUGAGAUCGACUAUUGCAUCCUGAGCAAGCAUCUACAUGCAUCUUGAGGUCAUGGGUAGCAGCUAGGGGCCUCCACUAUAAGAGAUGCAGCUAUUUGUUUGAAGCGGACAGAAGCACAUUCUCAAUCGUCUCACCGCUAACGGCAGU